ACAGACCGAACAAUUUAAAACUGAAUUAACCAAUGAUAUGAUUAGAACUAAUAAAACAGAAAUAAGUCAUCUUUUCGAGACGAUUUAACGCUAAUGCACCAAUGAGAAAUUAUAUUCCUUCACCAAUAAAAAAAACGGAUGUGGCGCCUCGUAUAUAUACAUUUUUUACAGGCGGAAUGUGUACGCCAACUAUGCCCGCUAUUAUAUUACUCGACGUCAAAAAUGAAUAUCGACCAUUUGAUACAAAUUCAAUCGUAGUUCACACAAAAAAACAACUUGUUUAUUUUCUUUUUCCAUUUCAGAAUGAAACCACAAUACAUUCGUGUUAUCAAAUCUCUUAACCAGGAUUUUCAAAGUAAUAUUCCAUCACAAGCUACGAUUCAUCUUCGAACUGUUCGACCUGUACUAAAUCAACAAAACAACAUAGCUUCUGCUCAGUUUCUGCAGGGUUUUACAGGAGUAACUGCUGCAACACCUUCUCGUAUUAUUGUAAACUCAUUACCCUCAACAUUUACUUUGACUAAUGAAACAACAGCCGUGAAGACAAAUAGUUCAAUUGUAGCUGUACCUAUUCAUGAAACAUCGGUAAAGUCAUCAUCUUCUGUUGUUUGUGCACCAGUCAAAGGACCAAGUAAUAAUGAUAUCAUGCCAAUAAACGAUACUUUUGCACAACGAAACCAAAAACAGUCAAGUAAAAGAAUGAAAGUUGAAGAAAGUGGUUUGAAAAUAGUGAAACGCAAAAGCUGGACUGAAAAUGAAACAAUUACUUUCAUAAGUGUAUGGACUGAUUAUUAUCCUCAAUUAAUAUCUGGCAAAUCCAGACAUAGUCCUGUUUAUCAUUCAAUGGCAAAUCAGUUAAAUCAAAUACUUAAAGAUCGUUCUCUCACUGCUGCUGAUGUUAAGUCAAAAAUCGGAAAUAUGGUUACAGAAUAUCGACGGAAAAAAAAGGAAUUAGGAACAACAGGUAGCAGUCCGUCGUCAUGGCCAUAUUAUGAUUUGAUUGAUAAACUUCUAGGAGAACGACCAUAUAACAAUGAGAGUCUUUUAUCUGAUUCAAUCGUAACAGAAGAAGAACAAGCAGAAUUUUUGGAUGAUAUUAAUAAUGCUUCAUUACCUGAUUUAAAUGCAACACAAAUAUCAGAACAGGUAGAUGAUAGUGCUACAUUAACAAUCAAUAAUGAUGAACCAAAUAAUCUUGUUCAUGGAAACGCAACUAAUUCAACAAAUGCUUCAAAUAUUGUAUCCAUUUCAAAGCCUGAUGUUCCUGCAACAAUUAGCUCCACGACAAAGAAGACUGUUAAUGCAAGAAAGAAAACAAAAUCAGAAACAAAGUAA